CGCAGCAUGACACAACAGCAAAGAUGGCGUGCUGCAGAAGCUGUUUUUGUUGCCAGUGUUGCUGCAGCGAGGGAGAGACGCGGACGCCGGAGGAGCUGACAAUUCUUGGGGAAAUCCGAGAUGAGGAAGAUGAGAUUCUGCCCAGGAAAGACUACGAGAGUCUGGAUUAUGACCGCUGCAUCAACGAGCCGUAUGUGGAGGUUCUGGAGGGUAUGGACAACAAGAAAGCCAGAAAGUACGAGGCGGUGCGGUGGGUGAUGGUGUUUGUGAUCGGGGUCACAGUCGGACUGCUGGGACUGUUUGUGGACUUCUUUGUUCAUCUCUUCACUAAAAUCAAAUUCUCCGUGGUCGCUGAUUCUAUAGAGAAAUGCACAGACAGAGGCUGUCUGUCUUUGUCUCUGCUGGAGCUGCUCACCUUCAACAUGCUGUUCGUCUUCAUCGCCAGCGUGCUGGUUCUCAUUGAGCCGGUGGCUGCAGGCUCCGGGAUCCCAGAGAUCAAAAGUUACCUGAAUGGAGUGAAGAUCCCAGGAAUCGUGCGACUUCGAACGUUUCUCUGCAAAGCUGCUGGAGUUCUGUUCAGCGUGGCUGGAGGUCUGUUUGUGGGAAAGGAAGGUCCGAUGAUCCACAGUGGAGCCAUAGUGGGGGCGGGGCUUCCUCAGUUUCAGAGCAUCACCUUCAAGAGGAUCAAAUUUGACUUUCCUUAUUUCCGCAGUGACAGAGACAAGCGGGACUUUGUGUCAGCCGGUGCCGCCGCUGGAGUUGCUGCUGCCUUCGGUGCGCCAAUAGGGGGCACUCUCUUCAGCCUGGAGGAGGGCUCCUCCUUCUGGAACCAGGCACUCACCUGGAAAGUGCUCUUCUGUUCGAUGUCGGCCACUUUCACGCUGAACUUCUUCCGCUCUGGGAUCAACUUUAACAAAUGGGGCUCUUUCCAGCUGCCUGGGCUCCUCAACUUUGGAGAAUUCAAGUGUUCAGACGGGGAAAAGAAAUGCCACCUGUGGACAGCAGUGGACCUCGGCUUCUUCGUCCUGAUGGGCGUGGUGGGCGGCCUGCUGGGGGCGCUCUUCAACUGCAUGAACAAGUGCCUGGCCAAGUAUCGGAUGAGAAACAUUCACCCCAAAGCCCGGUUCAUCAGGGUCCUGGAGAGUCUGCUGGUUGCCAUGGUGACCACGCUGGUGAUAUUUUUGGCCUCCGUUCUGUUGGGUGAAUGUCGGGACCUGUCCUCCCCGACGACCCAUAACUCCACAGUUUCUGGCAGUGAAGACAUCAACUCAACCAUCCGGCAGUUUUUCUGCUCCAAUCAAACCUACAACGACAUGGCCACGCUGUUCUUCAACCCGCAGGAGGCGGCCAUCCACCAGCUCUUCCACCAGGACGGCACCUUCAGCCCGGUGACUCUGUCCAUCUUCUUCCUGUUGUACUUCCUGUUGGCGUGUUGGACGUACGGCGUCUCUGUCCCCAGCGGUCUCUUCGUCCCGUCUCUCCUGUGCGGCGCUGCGUUCGGACGUCUCGUCGCAAACGUCCUCAAAGUGAAACUGGGACUCCACAUCUACUCGGGGACCUUUGCCCUCAUCGGAGCCGCUGCCUUCCUCGGGGGCGUGGUCAGGAUGACCAUCAGUCUCACCGUCAUCCUCAUCGAGUCCACCAAUGAGAUCACAUACGGGCUGCCCAUCAUGAUCACUCUAAUGGUUGCUAAAUGGACUGGAGAUUUCUUCAACAAGGGCAUCUAUGACGUCCACAUCCAGCUGAAAGGCGUCCCUCUGCUGGAGUGGGAGACGGAGGUGGAGAUGGACAAGCUGACAGCCAGCGACAUCAUGGAGCCCAACCUGACCUACGUUUAUCCCCACACUCGGGUCCAGUCCCUGGUCAGCAUCCUCCGGACCACCGUCUACCACGCCUUUCCCGUGGUCACGGAAAACCGACAGAACGAGCGGGAUUUCAUGAAGGGCAACAUCCUGAUCAGCAACAACAUUCGAUUCAAGAAGUCCAACAUCGUCUCUCGUGCGGCGGAGCAGCGGCGGCGCUGCCAGUCCAUGAAGUCGUACCCGUCCAGCGAGUUGAGGAACGUUUGUGACGACCAGAUCGCGGCGGCGGAGCCGGCGGAGGAGGGAGAGGACCUGCUGCAGCAGAUGUUGGAGAGACGGCACGCUCCCUACCCAAACCUGUACCCAGACCAGUCUCCCAGUGAGGAGUGGACCAUGGAGGAGCGAUUCAGGCCGCUCACCUUCCACGGCCUCAUCCUGCGCUCCCAGCUCGUCAACCUGCUCAUCCGAGGCGUCUGCUACUCCGAGAACCAGUCGAGCGCCACUCAGCCCAGGCUGUCGUUCACAGAAAUGACCGAAGAUUACCCGCGCUACCCGGACAUCCACGAAGUGGACCUGGCCUUGCUCAAUCCCCGGAUGAUAGUGGAUGUGACGCCCUACAUGAACACGUGUCCUUACACGGUUUCACCAAACACCCGGAUCUCCCAGGUGUUCAACCUGUUCAGAACCAUGGGCCUUCGACACCUUCCUGUGGUCAACGCUGUUGGAGAAAUUGUGGGAAUAAUCACAAGACAUAAUUUAACCCACGAGUUCCUGGUGGCCAAACUGCGACAGCAUUACAUCACCAUCUGACCCAACGCCGCGGCGCCGCCCCGCCCCGCUCUGCCUGGCCUCCAAGCCUGGGCUUUGGUUCGUCUCUAACUUUAUUAAACAUUCCCAAAACCAACAAGAUGCAUCUGAGAGCUGCAGGGAAGAAGCUCUCAGGCUGCAGGAGGGAGAUCUUCUUCCACGCAGUAGGAGCCUUCAGACUGCAGGGUGCAGAUUUUCUCUUAUGUUUCUUUAUUUUUGGUGUUGAGGAUAGAAAACAAACUUUAUUUGCUUACCGGAGACCAUCUGAGACGGCUGUGGACUGUCUCUGUAUGAACAUGGUGAGCUUGUCUGGAGGCACGGGGGAGUUUUUAGAAAAGCAUAAAAUAAUUGGUCAAAACAUCCACAACUAGUUAACUAAAUAUGUUUUAAUUUUCCUAUCAACCUAAAAGUUGUUGUUUUGUGAUGUAAAAAAUUAUUUUAGAAAACAUAUAUAAUUUUUCUCACUUAUGAAAGUUGCCAGUUUUAUUCUAUUUAUUUGUUUUUUUAAGAUUUAGAUGCCUAGAGACUAAAAUCAAAACACAAGAAGUCGUUCAUCGAGCCACACGGUUUUAAUUUGCCAUUAAAAGAGAUUUAUUGGAUCAAGCUAACAUGAUCGGCUUUCAAUCUCUUCUCUGCACCGUUAGCGGGAGCUAACACCGUUAGCGAGAGCUAACGCCGUUAGCGGGAGCUAAAGCCAAAACAAAACAAAUUUAGCAAAACGAGUGGUGGUUUAACGUGAUGAUGAAACAUCUUUGAUUCUGUGUAACUCUCCAUCCAGACGUGUUUGAGAAAAGGUUUCGGCCUCAGCGCGAGUCGUAAACAGCUUGAAUUAGGAUCAGGACGUCUUCGCGGUGUUCACCCUCCAGUUGGUUUCCAAGCAGCAGCAACACAAACACCAGAUUUUUCAGCCGACUCUUUCCUCUUCCUCAGUUUGCUCCUCAUUUUCAUCUCCUGCCAUCAUUUCUGUCUUCCAGUUCAACUUAAAAUGCCUGAACACAAAAAUCAAUGUUCUGACUGGAAGGAGCUAAUGCUACAUCAGAUAGCAUUCUUCAUUUACCCAGGAUGCAUUGCAGCACAAACAACAUGACAAGUCUUUCCUUUAAGUGUAGAACUUAACCUACCGUAGUUUUACUGAGUUGUUUUUACUUCUGAUGUUACAACUAAUCAUGUUUCCUCUAAAACCCUGAAGGCAGCCAAUCAGAAAAGAUUGAAGUUUAUUUUAUUAAUCAUGAUGUUCCUCUGUGUCUGAGAUGUUUUUAAAGUUUGUCAGAGCUUCACCGUUCUGUCCAAAAGCAGACGUGUAUUCUCUGUUUUGCGGUAGAAAGCAGCCGUGUCCAGAACCGUCCGGUUCCGAUGGAGCUGGAGGUCCAGCAGAACUUUCCCCCGUUCAGGAGGAACGACCAACGAAUAAAAAUCUAGAAAUGGUUUGCUGUGGAUGCAGAUGGGCAACAUGCAGACAUUUUUAGUGGAUACACCAUUUUUUAUUUUCCGCUCUAUAAGUUACAGGAUUAAUUUAUAGAUGUUACAUUUAUUUGACUGAUUCAUUAAAUAUGAGUUCAUACUGACGGAUACGACCCAAGGAUCAAACAUUACCGUCUGCAGCUGUGAGGAAAGAAGAGGCUUUGCUGAAAGGAAGGUGGCCAGAGCUGGAGGAACAGUUUGAACAUAAAGAAUGAGCUGCUGCUGUUCUGAGGAUUUCUGCUUAGGUUUAGGGUAUUUCUGCUUCCUCCUCUGAUUUUCCACCCGCAGUUCGUCUAGAUAUCCAUGUCUGUUGGUCGGUGGAGUUACUUCUCCAAGGACGGCCUUCUUGGUCUUACGGCUUCAUGCAACGCAUGUCUACUGCAUGCGUCUCCGCUCGGCCCCGCUGCGCACUUCGCUGUCGGAGCGAAACCGUUCCAGAUCGUUCCAGAUUUAGAGCUGACAGAUUCUGUGAGUUUGUUAAAAAGCAUCUGAACACAACGUGUCACCAGAUCAAAUCUUUAAUAUGAACGACGUCCCUCUCAUGUUUAACAUUUUCUAAAUUAAUGGGACUUGUAUUCCAGUGUGUCUUAUAAUCUGGAAUAAUCUGGUUAUAUCCACACAGCCCAAACAGACAUUUGUAAGCCUGGACUGAUUCUCUUAUACCUGAAUUAGUUUUGCAAUCUGAAUGUUAAACUGAAGCAGUUUAACAUUCAGAUCUGCUGCCUGGAUGUUUCUCUGCUGCUGCUGGAGGAUUUUAAAUGAUUCAACAGUUGAAUGAAACAAUAUUUAAACAAUAUUUAGGAUUUGUUUUGGUACAAAUAACCUGGGAUUAUAGAGAUCUGGGUGAGUUUUCUCUGGUGUUUGCUUUGACUGCUCAGUUCAUCAUUAUCUGGAAUUCAUCAUGACAACAACAAGAUCUAAUUAAUUUAGUUUUGAUCCACAUUAACAAACCAUGAUUGGGUGUUUCCAUUUCUGAUUUCAUUAUUUAAGAUCUCUGAUUCAUUUCAUAACUGCUUAACUUUUUAAAGCAGCUGCUGUGUUCAUGUCCCUUUAUGAGGAUAAACAAGUUUUAAUUUUAGAGCAGUAUUGAGGUUGGAGUCUCCUGCUGUGUGCAGCGAUGCCAAAGAGACUGAAUAUCAUCACUUUUAUGAACAACAAAGUAACAUCUUCGCUCUGUUCCACAUCCCCACUUCUGUUUCUGGAGCCGUUUGGACCCGAUGGACCAAUUUAAAUUGUGUUGCCACCAAACAUGGAUCAGUUCAGAUCUUUUGUGUCCUUCUGUAAUAUUUUCUGUUGAGCUUCCCAGUUAGAUGUGAAAUAACUGAUAGUUGCCACCCAGAGAAGCUGAAUGAUGGAGUUUUUCUGUGUUGUUUUGCUCAGCCUGCAGUUCAAACUGACGUGUUUAUUGGCAUGAAGUCUCGUCGUUCCGAUGGGAUCAGUGGCCUGAAUCAGCCAGCAUGUUGAUGCCAGGAGGUUUUGUUCUAUCUGAUGGAUUUAUUUACAAGUUCAUUAAAAUUACAGGAAGCCAUAAAAAUAAUAAAUAAAAGUAGGAGCUUCUUUGUUUUGAACAGCAGUCAUCGUAUCUGCCAUGAAAGUCUUGGAUUAUCAGAUCAAACUGACAAUAGAUCUGUAAUUUUCCACCUACUUCCAUUAGAAGUGACGGAUUUUGGACGUAAAGCCUGUUUUUAUCGUGGCUUCCUGUCAGAUCUGCCCUCCACACCGACCAACAGCUUCAUUCCUUUGAUUUAAUGUUAUUUUGAAUGAUCGUCGUCACUGUUGCACUUUUCUUCUGUUGUCUUUAUGUUUUAAUUUACUGUGACUGGAAAACAUGCACUAGAAGCAGACUGGACGGGUCUGUCAGGUUCUGCAGCGUCACCGGACCUCAUGAACCGCUGAGUUUUCCAACAUGUUGAUUGGUUCUGAGCUGCAGGUUCUGUAAGGUUACUAACCGCUCCAGUGGGCAUUGUUUGCACUAAUUUAAUGUCUUUUAUUCUCACUACGGUCAGUGUUAGAGGAGCGAAGAGAACCACGUGUUUCACAUGAAAACCAAGAUUUCAUUCUGUUUCAGGGAAGUUCUUAAAGUUCUGGGGCCUCGUGCAUAAAGCGUGCGGCGCCAUGUUUUAUGCAGCAGUUGACAUGUAUAAAAAUUUACUUUAAGUCAAAGUUUGUGUAAAUAUACACACACUUUUCCGUUGGCGUGAAAAUGUGCGGCAGCCACCAAACUUUUUCUGUGGACAAUUUCAAACUUCAAAUCAUCAAAACUCACAAAAUCCACUGAAAUCUGACGACAUUCAGUUAUUUAGACCAAGAAGCAUCUUUCAUGAUUUUAAUAUUUUAUUGUUUAAACGAUGAAACUGAACCGCAAUAAGCUAACACUCGCACAAAAUAAAGAAAAUGAAAAUAAAAGUGUGUGAAAACGUCACUCCAAUGUAAAGAUACUUUCUCUCAGUGUUUGUCUCAUAAAGAUGAAACGCUUCAUUCUGUCACCGAAACACAAAAUGUUUCUAUGAGGUCAUUUCAUUCUCACUGAAAGAAGGAAACAGGUUGGAUCAGGAGAUUAAUUCAAACAGUUUGAUUAUAAAUAAUCAACAGGUUUGAUUAUUUUUGAGGUGAUCAGGGUGUGUCUGACAUCACAGGUAAAGGUGAGCUGCUACCUGAGGAGCUUUGGCUCUGAAAACUGUGAGCUGUUUCAUGCAUGAGGCCCCUGGUGUUCAUGUUGGAUCUGCUGAAACUGAGUGGAUUUUUUUAUUUUUAUCAGGUCAGUUUAGUGGAUUAUUUGUGACUUAAAGCCACAUGUCUGUGUAUGAACUCAAAUGUUGGUCUUUGAAGUAUUAUUAUAGGAUAUUUCAUAAUAUAAAUGUAUUUUGUUUUGUUGCUUGAAGGAAUCCUACAGUUUGAUAUGAUUUUGGAGCAUAUUAAUGAUCUGGGAAAGGAAGUUAUUUUUCAUUUUGUCAAAUAUUUCAUCUGGUUUCCUGCAUAUUUGCAUUGCAGUUUGUUUUCUGCAUAACUGUCAGAAAAAAUGAAGAUACAAACUCGUCUCUCUGGACCUGGAGGGAAAGUCUGUUCUGUGCCUUUAUUGUUAUCAAAAUAAAGUUCCUUUUUUGUUCA